GUGGCUAGACUGGCGAGGGGGGUGCAGUACGCAACCAUCAUCACAAACGUCUUGCAUUAUCGCGAAAUCUCGCUCGAAUUGUGCGGUGCUCGUGUAGACUAUCCUAUUUGAGUCAAUGGCGGGUCGUGUUUAGUAUUCUUGCAUUUCCAUGUUGUAGGUCUUUAAAUACGCGCGAUCGAAACACAUUAUUUUUUAUUUUAUUCGGCUAGAUGGCGAGAUAACGAACUCGUGUCUGUUUUUGAACGUAGAGCUGUUUGCGAGUUAGCUAGCUAGCCAGCUAAAUUGCUUGCUAGCUAGCUAACGUUAACUGCCAGUCAACACAAUUCAAAUGCAUUGUUCUACGUGGAGUAACUUAUGCAUUGCUAAAAGUGUGGGAUAAAAUAAGGGACGAUGAAGAUGUAGCGGCCAUUAUUCAAAAUAAUGUAUCGACUGUAACUAAUUGUACAUUAGACUAACUGAGAUAAACAGCGAUGUAACCAACUGCCAUAUGGACGAAACGAACUAGGCUAGUGUAGGGUUUAGCAGUCCCGGCUAGAACAAUAGUUAGUCUAGGACUUGACAGAGCUAGCCUUAGCUAGCUGGCUGGCUAACGUUCGUCAGCUGGUUCAAUUUGUUUGCGUUAGACUAGUGUAGAUAGUUGUUUCAGUCUUGACCGGCUAACUAGGCAUGUGUUAAAGAAAAUUAACGUUAGCAAACAAGUUAUGUCGGCUAACGUUAUCUUCUUGCGUUGAGAUGGCAGGGUUAUUUAUAGUUUUAAUCAGGAAAUUUGGCAAAUUAACCCUAACGAACAAAAGUGAGGCUUUCUUGUAUGGGCAGUCAAGGCUGCUACCUAGCUGUCACUAAUUCACUGUAAUCUGAAUACUUGUCUCGCUAAUAAUAUGUAGUCUAGCUAGGUAGCUAGAACCAAGUUAACCGGAGUUACAAUAUGUCAAUGUUGUACUAGUCGAACAUAGUUGUAGCUUAAGUAUUGAUUCGAGGCAGACUGACGUACCUCUGUGGGCAACUGCUUGUUUCCCAGAACCGAAUUUAAGAUGAAACUCUCCAGCAGAAUCAGACAGUUUGUUUGUAUUUGAAAAUACAACCCACAUUUCGACGUGCCUCAUUAAUGACGACAAAUGACUCCUGAAGGGAUCUGGUGCCAGAUGACCGGGGUGGGCGAGUCCUCCCGUCAGACAGACCAUCCUGAGUGACGGCUCUUCAGGCAGCUCCGUCACCGCCCCCCCCCCACCCCCACGCUUAGGGACCGCGGCGAUGACACACCUACCAAGCAGCUCAGUCCGUGACCACAUGAAAUGGGCGGGGUUGCUGGGCUGUGAGGCGGUUUUGUCAAGCAUGGCCCUGAUGCAGGCGAGCUCCAUGGCCGGUCCGAAGAAGAUGAUGUCACCGCUGAGUCACGGGCAGCGGGAGAGCGCCGAGCGCAACGCGCCGGGUCACAUGAUCCUGCCUUCUGGAAUGAGCUGCCCACCGCUGCUCAUCAGAAAGGAGGGAGAGUUCCAUUCCUCUCGGCUGUUGGACGAUAAGGAAAUGCGGGACAGCGACGACAUGCAGCUGAAAAAGAAGAACAGGAAGUCAGGAACGCCCUGCAAAGUGGUGGUGGUGGACGAGAACGGCGACUGUCCGCUCAAAGUGCAGAAGAACUUCAUCUGCGAGCACUGCUACGGCGCCUUCCGCAGCGGCUACCACCUGAAGAGGCACAUCCUCAUCCACACAGGGGAGAAGCCGUUUGAGUGCGACCUGUGCGACAUGCGGUUUAUUCAGCGUUACCACCUGGAGAGGCACAAGCGAGUUCACAGCGGAGCGAUGCUUUGGGAGAAGCCGUUUGCAUGCGACCUGUGCGACAUGCGCUUUCUUCAGCGUUACCACCUGAAGAGACACGAGCGAAUUCACAGCGGAGAGAAGCUUUGGGAGAAGCCGUUUGCGUGCGACCUGUGCGACAUGCGGUUCAUUCAGCGCUACCACCUGGAGAGGCACAAGCGAGUUCACAGCGGAGAGAAGCCCUACCAGUGCGAACGCUGUCAGCAGAACUUCUCGCGGACGGACCGCCUCCUGCGACACCGGCGGCUGUGCCAGGGACGGGCCGUGGCCAAGGUGGAGAACCAGUCCUGCUGCGACGUGAGGGCCUACUCCCAGGAGCCGCCGCCCCCCACGGCCGCCUGGAGCCCCCUGCACCCUCCCCCCGGCCGCCUGGCAGUUUGACAGACCCCCCUCUCCUUCCCGCCCUACCCCCCACACCCACACCCCACCGCCACCCUGGAGAAACACAACACGCCACAGCUUCACGGGCUAACAGUCUGGAGCUCACUGGCGCCAUCGCCAGGUGCUGACUGAAAUCGCAGAUCCGGUCAUGAGCUUCCGGGAGGAGACACAUUUGAACGUGCUUUUUGUUUUCUUUUCUUUUUUCCCCCUCCUUCACCCUUUUUUGGUCAUCUAGUUUCUUACAAUAGAUGGUGGAUAAUUUUGUACUUCUUCUAUUUGAUUUCUAUAUUUUUUUAUUUUGUUAUUAUUUCGACUUUACUGUUUGUUUUUAUGGUACCGAAAGGUGGGGAAUGGAAGGGUGGGCGUCAACACCAUGGCAACGGCUAAAGCUAAGUUUAUACAUGCAUAUGGUGAAGCUAUGGAGGGAAAUUAUAUGUAGUUAUCUGUAAAAAAAAAAAAAACCCUGUCAGAUGAUGGUAGAACCGUAGAGGUUAGGUUUGUAUACCAGGCAUUGGUUGUGAAACUGAGGGAGACGAAAAAGCUUUUUUGACAUUUACAAAUGAAAACCAUCCCGUUGACAAAACAGGGCUAUUGUUGGUCAUAAUGCCACAAUGCUCUGUAAUGGAAAGGAGAGGAUCAGUUAUCUUGUGUGGUGUGGAGACGACCCAUUUAGACUCCAGUGUAGAACAGCACUGAAGACUCAGGACACUGCACCAGGAGGCAGCUUUACCAAUAUAUGUCAAAUGUUUUCUUGUUUUAAUAUAUACAGACAGACUUACCGAAUAACAAGUAAGACACAAAACCUUGUGGCCUUCAUACAUGCUCACAGGCGUUUGUAUUCUUUUUUUGAGGUUUAAAAAAAAAAAAAAAAAAAAUUGUUUUUAUGUUAGCUAGAGAAUGUGACUGGCAGUUAUCAGCGGCGGGUUUUACAAUUCCGAAAUUGCGAUCGCGAGACUGCCGCUUGCCGCAUUGCAUUAUAAAGCCUGCAGGGGGCAGCAAAGGAUAUUUAACAGUGCAGUUCACAGGAUGGCGACGCCCCAAAUGGCACACCUCUGAGGGGAGCACGGUUUUUCCUCAUAAAAAAACGGGCCACCUCAGAGCGGCAAGCCAAAAUGUAGGUUUCCGUGUCGUAAAGCGAAUCCCGUUGGGGCAAGCGCCCGUGGAUCUCCGCGCAGCUGUCACAACCGUCACAACCGACUGUUAAUAGGUUUCCUCUCUUAACACCUGUAUCAUUCAAGCCAAAAGGAAAGCGAAAAUCAGGACACAAUGCAGAACUCCUCAUCCAGAAUAGAUGUGCAGAUGAUGUGACCACAGCCGCGACCGGUUUGGGGUCUCCGUAACGCAGGGCUGUGGCGGCCUGCUCUCUGACGGUUGCGCUGCAGUCCGCACUCUUUCUGCCAGAGGUGCGAGCACGUGCAGCAGCAGCAGCACCGAACAGGGGCUGUUGGGGCGGGGCGGCGGGAUCCGUAGGCGGGCCCUAGUCGCCGCGUCCGGUUUGAACAUUCGCAGCCUUCUUUUCCGCCAGUCUGAAAACGACGAAACGCGUUUGUGAAAUCCCGACCACCAGCGGGUGACCAGCGGCGUUUUCAGUUUGAGGAUCACGUGCUGCUGCGCUACGGGCAACCCAGGGGACAGAAAGCGGGGGGGAAAGCACUGGGUGGACACCCCCCACCCCCGCUUCUGUCGCUUAGCAACGUCCCUGUCACCGAAUCUCAAGGACCUUUUUUGUUUUUCUUAGUAUAUUCUUAAACACUGGAGCGAGAAAAAAAAGCUGGAGCUGAUAAUGGAUGUAUUGUUUUUAAACGGCUAUAAUUUUUAGUCCAUUGAAAGAGAGACAUAACCUCGCUUUAAAAUGGUGGAAAAAAAGAAACAAAUGACCAAUACUUGGAUUAGUAUUGUUUUGAGAAAUCAGAUUGUCUUGUAUUUAAGUAUUCUUAGGGACCUAGAGUACCUCAGAAGAUUGCAGUGUUUUAACACUGUUCUUACCCCCUUCUUACCCCUAAAACUGUAGUGAAUAAUCUUAAUAGGAAUACUAGAACAACUGUGUCUAGAGUAGCAAUCACAGAUUAGAGUUUUUUAAUAGUCUUGCAUGCAGAGCUGUGAUCCUCGGUUUAACUAAAAGGAUCAUAUAUUAAUUCUUUGUGUAGGUAUGAAGAUUUUUUGCGUUUAAAUAACUUUUUUUUUUUAUUGUUAUCGCCAUUAUUGUUAAAACGGGCAAACUAAUAUUUACCCUCAUGAUCCAGUUAGUGACAAUGGUAUGGAGUGAAGAGCAGGGCUUUCAUUAAGCUGUAAUAAACGCCUUUUUAAAAAAGA